AUAAAUAAAGUAAAACAUAGAAUAGUUUAUCCUUAAUGACAGGGUGUAGAACUUGCAUUGCUAUUUUUGAAGUAUUGCGUGUCAAACACACCAACUUCAAAUUAAAUCAAACCAGCUGGAUAACGUUCUGAUGAAUUCUUAUUAAAUAUCUUCAUACAAUGUUUAAGUUAACUUUAGUGUCUUUUGUAAAUACAGCUUUGUUACACAUCAUUCUCGUUAAAUUUGGAAGUUUUACGCCGCCGACAGAAAAUUCAACAAAUAAUGGCAUAAAAACUGACAAUUACGUAGUGACAAUGGAUGCUGAUCAGAAACAUUUUUACAAGAUUCAGAUUGACAAUGGUGACGUCAGUAGAAUACCAUUUGCUAAAUUGUAUCAGGGAAUGGCCAUAGAUAUAAAUCCAUUAACAAAAACCCUAUUUUGGAGCAACAAUACUGCAAAUGUUAUCAUGAAAGCGCAAGUGGAUGGUUCACAAGAGGAAAAAUUCAAAACAUUGCAAAAAAGAUCAACAAUAGAAGGCAUCGCUGUUGACUAUAUAAAUCAGUUGCUCUUCUACACGUGCACGUUUGACAAGGUCAUUGUAGUUGUCUCGCUGAAAAAUAAAGAUAUUCAUAAAACAAUCGUUAACGAGUCGUUAGGCAUACCAAAGGACAUAAUCGUACACCCGGAAAGAGGAGCAAUAUACUGGUCAGACCGGGGUAAUGAGCCAAAGAUAGGGACAUCAACCAUGGACGGUGGUAACAGAAGUACCAUUAUGUCGUUUGAACCGAAUUCAUGGCCUAAUGCUCUUGCUUUAGAUGUGAAAAGUAUGAAUUUAUUUUGGAUUGACGCAUAUCAUGGCGUUAUUGGGCGGAUCAACAUUGAUACAUGGGUGAGAAAAAUAUUGUCCUCGGAACCGAAUUCUUAUUUCUUAGGCAUGACGCUUGUUGGAGAUAAACUUUACAUCACAGACUGGUACCGGAAACAUGUAAGCAGAUUAAGUGUAGAUGGCGGGAAACUGGAGCAAAUUGGACCUUCAAACUUUUCUAAAUUAACUGGAAUAACUGGUUAUAAGAAAACUGAUAUCAGGACAGUUUUCAGCAAAUGUUUACAAAGUUCGUGCAGCCAUCUAUGUUUACCUGUUUCCCGAAAAGAUUACAAAUGCGCAUGCUCAGACGGUGACCAAAAUGCUUUGAGUCCUUAUCGGGAAGCAAAUGAGUGCACACCAAAUUAUAUAAAUCUAACCAUUAGUGACGACCUUCCGAAAGGAGACAGCUCUACGAAAAUUAGUUUCUUUUGCAACAACUGGAUCAACAUUAGCGUGUCUUUUCGGUUAGACAUCACAUAUAACGAACACAGAUACUUUAUGGUAGAAAACGUGAAAUCUGGAAAUUUAAACUACCUUGUAUUAACAAUAAAAAAUGCACCCUAUAUAAAUACUUGGAAUGCACAUGUCAGUGUACUCAAAGAGCCGUACAAGAAUGUAACAGUAAAUAGAGUUCCAAUAAGGAUAGACGUGAAAGAAGUGAAUGACCGACCUACUAUUCUACCGGAUUAUCUUAUUACUGAAGUACGUGAACAUGUCCCAGUUGGUACAAUAGUAGCCCAUCUCUCAAUAUCUGACCCGGAUGAUGGAAAAUUCGGAGAUUUACAGAUUCAAUUAGAUAGUCACACAGAUAUAGAGGUAAAUGGAUUGUUUGAGGUACAAAGAAUAUCAAUCGAUACUAUCCAAAUCAAGACAGCAUCAGUGCUGGACGCGGACAAAUUCUUGGACAGUCAGGAGACUUACAGUGAAAAUACAGGCGGACCUACUUUCCUGUUUGAUGUUUUGGUAAGGGACGGCGGUGGUCUAAGUGCCAAUUCAAUAAUCAAUGUCACAGUCACAGACAUCGGUGAUAUCGAGCCAGUUUGCAAUAAUCCUACUUUAUACAACCAAACCUAUAUGACAAGAAAGGGCGAAACGGUUACUAGUUUAGACAAUUUUUGCCGUGCCCGAAACUACGUCAGUGCCGUCUUUUACUCCCAAGAAGUGACAUACGCUUUGAGAUCAGACAGCUGUAACUUAUUUAACAUCACUAAUAAUGGAUCGGUCCAGCUUCAAAAUAGAGUUCCUAACGACAUCAAGACUUGUACUAUUUCUGUUCAAGCUUUAGACAUAGUCUAUCCAACAUCAAUUACCACUUUAUCUUUAGUUAUUGAAUUUCGUAGAUGUUUAAGCGAUACUGAUUACAGGCAUAUCCAAUGGGAUACAGGAAUCCCAGGGGAGACCUCUAAGCAUAAUUGCCCGACUGGAUAUAAAGGUAAUGUAACAAGGUUCUGUUCCAAAACUGGAAUUUAUCAGGACCCCGUCUACAACUGUACGAAAACUUCAAUUGAGAACAUUUACGAUAAGUUUAUUGAUGCCAAAAAGACAGGUCAUGUAAAUAUAGUUGAUGUAUUGGAUGAGCUAUCAAAUGAGACAUCAGACACGGACGAGAAUAGUUCACUUUUAAUUGGAGAUAUAAACGUAGCUGUUAAUACACUUGCACAAAUAGUUGAUGUGGUAACAUUCAACACAACAAACCUUGAAAAUGUAACAGAUUCAUAUAUACAAACAAUCAACAAUAUCCUGGAUGAAAGUACAGCACAGACAUGGAAGGUGAACAUAAAUCAGACAGGCACAGGGGCAGACGUUGUUCUAAAGACAACAGAUCGUUUUGUGGAGAAGAUCUUGACAUCAUCCAAAAAUGUCACUGCUGAGAUAUCAAAGUCAAAUUUAUAUUUAAAGAUGGCGUCUGUACAAUCAUGUAACGAAGCUCUGAAUUUCCCUGAACAUGGAAAAGAAAGUGUCGCAGAGUGGGCUAGAUCAAGGAAAGAUGGGCUCGUGAUUAACUGUGACAGCACCGCCGAAUCCUUUAGUGGAAUUAUGUACAGAAAUUUAUCACUGAUAAUACCAUCCUCAGCUAACAAGACUAACAUCACUAUGUCCGAUGAUCUUCAGCUGAAUGCUCCAGUAAUAUCAUUUACAUUCUAUCCCAACAUUAAGCGACAACUUGUCAGCCCAGUGGAAAUUCAAUUUCAGUUGUAUAACAAUUCGUUGGAUAAUGCGAGGUGUUCUUUUUGGAAGGAGUCAAAAAGCGAAAUGUCACAAGGUUACUGGUCUGAUGAGGGAUGUCGACUGAAAAAAUAUGACAAGGAAGAAGAAGUUGUUGUGUGCGUUUGCGACCAUCUUACUAAUUUUGCUGUGCUUAUGAGUCCAUCCAAACACCAGAUUGAGGAGGAACAUAAGGAGGCACUGUCAGUCAUUUCCAUGAUAGGAUGUAUAGUUUCCAUGAUAUGUCUAGUACUUAAUGUAGCUAUCCACGCAUUCUUCUGGAGGUUUAUUAAAUCGGUCCGGUACAUCAUUCAUAUGAAUUUAUCCUGUUGGUUAAUUGUUGCUUAUAUCCUGUUUCUUGCUGGGAUUAACAGAACAGAAAACAAGGGCGUUUGCAUAGCAAUGGCAGUACUUCUCCACCUGGUGUUUUUAAUAGUUUUCUUCGGAAUGCUGACGGAGGGAUGUUACCUUUCAUAUACGGUUCUAAAACCACUUAGUACUAUCAAACUAGGGAUGCCACUAAUGAUAUCGUCUUAUGUCCUCGCAGUAAUUAUUGUGGUGAUAUCUAUGGGUGCAACACAGCUACAGGGAUAUGGCACCGAACAGGCAUGCUGGUUAUCGACGGAAACUGGAUUGAUAUGGGCUUUUCUUGUUCCGGUUCUUGUUGUUAUAGUGAUAAAUUUUAUAAGUGUUGUCUUAGUGAUUCGGACAAUGUGCGGCACUACAGCAAUGUCGAAGAAAUCAAACAAAGGACGGGCGAAAGCAGCAUUACGUUGCAUAUUGGUGCUCAUGCCGGUGAUGGGUCUGACUUGGGGAUUUGGAGUGUUAUCUUUGAAUAGUGACACAGUCGCUUUCCAGUACAUAUUCGCUAUUCUUAAUAGUUUUCAGGGACUACUGAUCUUCAUAUGUCACUGCGUGAUGGACAAAAAGAUAAAAGAUGCAUUUUCAAAACAGAGAUACAAAUGGCUUCAGUCUACGCAAAGUUUCGGCGUUUCUGAAGGAAAGAGAAGCAAAACACAAGACUCAUCCGUCUUUUGAAAAACCAAGAAGAAUUAUUUCAUCGAUGGAGUAUUUCAAAAUAUGAUAUCCCUGACAUUCUGGCUAUUCAAGGCUGGCGUAAUUUUAUAACAGCACCAUGCCAUUUAAAGCGUCUCGUGGAUCAUGAUCAAUCGAUGACGUACAUUGAUGUGGUAUUAGAAUCGCCGAUAUUUCAGACUUCUGCAUAUUCAUAAAAAAAUUCAAACUAUUGAUAUAGUAUUCAACUGUAACUUUGUCCAGUCCAGCGUCUCCAUAUUCACAACUAUUAUUGUAUCCAGCUAUUGAGAAUUUCAAAUAUCAGUUUAUCGAAGGUCUUCAUAUGCAUAGCUUUCAUUGGAUCCAUCGAUGUAUAUCUUAUUUAAAGAAAUAUCGAUCUGUCAGACAUCUACGUAUUCACAAUUUUCAAUGAGUAUUCCAAACAUUGAUUUGUCGGACAUCUACGUAUUCACAAUUUUCAUUUUCAAUGACUAGAUCUAUUUCAGACAUUGAUCUGUCGGACAUCUACUUAUUCACAACUUUCAAUGAGUAUUGUGAACAUUGAUCUGUACGACAUCUUCUUAUUUACAACUUUCAAUGAGUAUUGUGAACAUUGAUCUGUACGACAUCUUCUUAUUUACAACUUUCAAUGAAUAUUACAAACAUUGUUCUGUCGGACGACCGCAUAUUCUCAGCUUUACACAACAUUUUGUGCACGUGAUAUCACAAUUACGCUUGUUUUUGUAUUCAUUUUUUUAGAUAUUCACGGCAAAUGAGUAUUUUGUUUCUUAAUAUGUGGAUUAAAUGAAACUUUGCUCUUGCAACGAUAAAUAUAUACCCAUAGCCGCUGUGAUACAUUUUGGAUUUUAAUCCCGAUUUGCGAAAAUUGUUAUCUUGUUUAUUGGUAUCUUGAUAGUUAUUGCUUGUAACUUAUAGUUUGUUGCUACAAUAAGUGAUAAAGAUUAUCUGUCGCAUUUAUAGUCAAGCUUCAAAACUAUAUACAUGUAUAUGAUUCACACUAUUUGAAAAACCCGUUUUGUUCUCUUGCAAAGCCUUAAUAAUAGAUGAACAGUACAUAACAAUGUGGUGGCAGUUGCAAUGCAAAAUGUUGUUGAAUUUACUAAUUUUGUGUAUCACUUGAAAAUUAGAAUGUUUCUAGAUUAAUGACUGCGUACAGACAAAAAAAUGUCCCGUUAACCAGGUAAAAAAAUUAAUCAAACAAGAAAAAAAGAAUGAAAAAAAAAAUUGAAACAAAUGACCAUUUGGUUUACUAAUAUCAAUAUAUAAUUUUAUUAUGUAUUUGGUAAUGAUAACUGGUGCUAGGAGUCACUGCUAUAAUUCUACUACUAUACAAUAAGAUUUCUUUGAAACUAUAUGAAGUUUUAAACUGUAAAUUAAAUUGAAAAUUCUGUUUUGCAUUAACAAUGCAUGGGUCUUUUGAGAUUUUAGUUGCAUUGCAUUAAUUCUGAAUCAUCCAUCAUAUAAUGAUAAUGUUAAUACAAAAUUUCAAAUCA